AUGCUGGAAAUAAUACAAAAAUCGUAUUUACUUCAACAUUGGGAAUUUCUUGUUCUCUUCAUGACAAUUGGAUACUUUGUUGUGCGACUCACGAGGAAGGAAAAGAAAAAUUCAAAUAAGCGAAGUAAUGAUGACGAAAUGAUUGCAAGAGAUUAUAGAAUUGAGGAUGAUCAUGGUGAGAAUGAAGCAGAUAUAACGCCAGCACUUGAAGAGAUUAAAAUGAUUCCGUACAGAGGUGUGCAAGUGAAAUUAGCUGGUGGUGCUGAUGAGUUCUAUAACUUAAUGAAUGACCGUAGAAGUGUCAGGAAGUUUAGUAACAAAGCUGUGGAUAUGGAAGUUAUUAAAAAAUGUAUUCAUGCUGCUGGAACAUCUCCGAGUGGUGCUCAUACAGAACCUUGGACAUUUUGUGUAGUCAAAAGUGACGAGAUGAAGGCUCAAAUUCGUGAGAUUGUCGAGUCCGAAGAAUAUACAAAUUACACUCAACGUAUGAGCAAACAAUGGACAACAGAUUUAGAGCCUUUGCGCACGACAUACAUAAAAGAGUAUUUAACUGAAGCACCGUACAUAAUUGUAGUGUUUAAGCAAGUUUAUGGAACUCGUUCGGAUGGCGGAAGGAAGGCACAUUACUAUAACGAAAUUUCAUGUGCUAUAUCUGUUGGAAUAUUGUUGUGUGCUCUACAGGCAGCCGGCUUAUCAUCUCUUACAACAACGCCAUUGAAUUGCGGACCAGCACUAAGAACUUUAUUAAAUCGACCAAUUAAUGAGAAAUUGUUGGUUCUCUUGCCUGUUGGCUAUUCCACAGACGAUUGCGAAGUUCCUAGUUUACAACGAAAGAGCAUUGAAGAAAUUAUGGAAGUUUAUUAA